GGAAGCUUUUAGAACGAAAAAGUAAUAAAUCUUCAAAUUCAAAAAUUAUUCUCGUUGGUAUCAAAAAGAUAUUAAGUUUAUAGCAAGAAGAAGUGAAUUUUUUAAAUAUUAUCACGUACUCAUCCUAUUUAUUCAGGAAGAAUAAAGUUAAAUUAAAAACAACAUGUCAACACGAACUUCACAAUUUUCAAGGAAUAUUUUGAUUCCAGAGCACUCGUUGAGUGGUGGUUUAAGGAUUCUUUCACCUCAGCACACGACACAAAACCAUGUUACGCUCACACAAGCAUCGAGGCCAUCGACUACCUCUGAUUCUGGAGCUUUUUCAGAUGGCAAAUCAGUACAAGUUGUUAUGAAGCACCGGGUCGUAGUGAUGGGAUCAGCUUUUGUUGGAAAGACACAAAUUGUCUCACAAUUUCUUUACGAUAAGUUUUGUAGUCGUUAUCGCCAAACUAUUGAGGAAUUACAUCGGGGCGAAUACAAUCUAGCUGAUGGAAGCUCCUUGACACUUGACAUUCUUGAUACAAGUGGUUCAUUUCAAUUUCCAGCAAUGCAAGCUUUAUCCAUAUCAACAUCUAAUGCAUUUAUAUUAGUAUUCAGCAUAGAUAGUGAGGAAUCAUGGAACGAAGUAAUGCGUCUUCGAGAAAAGAUAAUCAAAAAGAGAGGUCCACGUGUACCGAUUGUCGUAUGCUGCAAUAAAAUUGACUUACCAAUCGAUCAAAGAAAAUGUAAAAAGGAAAUAACAGAGGCAACAGUCCGAUAUGAAUGGGAGUGUGGAUAUGUCGAAUGUAGCGCAAAAGACAACAUAAAUAUUCUUACUGUUUUUAAAGAGCUUCUUUCACAAGCAAAUAUUAAAUAUAAUUUAAGUCCUGCCGUACGACGACGAAGAAAAUCUCUUCCAUCAUUCUCCACAACACAAGCAUCAAAAUUUUCUUUGAAAAGGCACUCAUGUACAGUCUCAUAA